AUGGGUAAUUUGAAAAAUGUUGAUGCAGAACGAUUCAAUCCAUGUCUUAAGGAACAAGAUCAGUCUUAUCAAUGUUUAAAUAAGAAUGGAUUUGACCAAGAAAAAUGUGAAGCCUAUUUUGAUAAUUACAACACCUGUAAGAAGUUUUGGGGUAAAGUCACGAAAGACAGAAGGGUGAGAGGUUUAACUCCAUAUCUUCCUGAUGUUGCUGAUAGGGAGAAAAUCAAAGCUGAAUAUUUAAAGAAAAUGUCGGAAAACACUAUU